AUGAUUUACACGUGGCACUCCGGAAAUGAACCUUUUUCGCUCCCUGCCAUUCUCGUCAUCCAUCACAAUCCGCAGAGGACCGCAGUAUGUGCGGCAUAUCAUCACCUUCACACCUGCCUUGCUCACCAACAAGACGUCUGGCGAAAUCGACUUGCCCUUCAUCCCGUUUCGUCGUGUGAGCCCACCAUGGCGUUCUCCAUUCGUUUCGUCCUUCUCAUCUUCGUCUUCCUUCUCACAUUCUCAGUCGUGCAAAGCCAGAAGCAGCCCUUCAAGCUUCACCAACAAACUGCACCUGACGACAGCACCCCACCGCCAGAACUAGCUGGGGGCAAUGGACCGGGUAGUUCCGGCUCUGACACCCCCCCUCCCCAACGGCCCAAAACGUUGCCCCGCAACCUCGCCAUCGCAGUCAUUUCUAUUACUAUUGGUUCUGCCAUCAUCGCUAUCCUCGCUUGUGUCUGGUGCUGUGUCCUGCGCCCAGAGCGCUCCAACAUGGACAAGAGCCCAGCUGGCCAUACUAAGGCUAUCCCCCUUCCUCCUACUGUCGCUGGCCACCCGGACGAAUCGCUCACCGGCGAUCACACUCAAUCUCUCGCUAAGGAACAUAUUUAUCAAAUCUCACCGGAAAGAAUUUAGCGCCACUCUCGUCCUCUCGUUCCGCGCGAUUUCGCUAUGUCGAACUGCAAAACUGUGGUUUGUGUUCUUGUUCAGCUGCUGCAUUCUCUGCAACGUUGUCCGGUGUCUGCCUCAGGCAGUGGUGGAAAAGACGAAGGAAGCGAUGUUGCCCUUGUCAAUUUAUGCGUGCUUGCGAUCCGCGCGCGGCAUCUUUUGCCAAUCUUAUGUCAGAUCAAAGAAUGGGUUGCAAGGCGCUAUGAAGAAUUCGGCCAUGUACAGAAGAAGCAUUCUGGAUUGGAGAGACUUGAAAAUAGGUGUAAAAAAUGGCUUUGAACCUCAUCACCGAGGGGGCUUUCAUGACGUCGAGGGUGUGUGAAGCCUUCAGCGCAUGGCAAGCUUGAGCUUCAACAAUUCUCUGCAGACACUACAACGCAACAUGUAUUGCCUGUUGGCUUGGCCGGUUACGUGCAAUGACGGUAUACACUCCCCGAAAUAAAUUUAGGACCACACCAGAAA